GCGCCCCUCCGCCGAUGCCCCACUCGCAGGCUCCGCGCGGCGGGCCUGCCCUCAGGCCCCCGCGGGCUCCGCGCCGCCGCUCGGAGGCUCGCACCCUCCCGCCACUCGGGGACCAGCCUGCCGCGUCCCCUGGGCAACUAUCUCCAGGGAGACCGGGCCCCGCCCCCGGCACCGACACCCGACAGAGAAGGAGCUCAGAGUCAAGCAAAGGCGGAAUGACACUCAGAUUCCAAAGCAUCUUUAAUCUGCCAGGCAGAGGGGCCUUUGCUGCUGGUCUUUCUUGGACCAUUCCAGAGAGGACAACUGGUGUCUGAGAAGUAAACGAACAGGAUGCCCCCCGGGGUUGACUGCCCCAUGGAAUUCUGGACCAAGGAGGAGAAUCAGAGCGUAUUGGUUGACUUCCUGCUGCCCACGGGGGUCUAUCUGAACUUCCCUGUGUCCCGAAAUGCCAACCUCAGCACCAUCAAGAAGGUAUUGUGGCACCGAGCCCAGUAUGAGCCGCUUUUCCACAUGCUCAGUGACCCUGAAGCCUAUGUGUUUACCUGCGUCAACCAGACCGCGGAGCAGCAGGAGCUGGAGGACGAGCAGCGGCGGCUGUGUGACAUCCAGCCCUUCCUGCCCGUCCUGCGCCUGGUGGCCCGGGAGGGCGACAGGGUGAAGAAGCUCACCAACUCUCAGAUCAGCCUCCUCAUUGGCAAAGGCCUCCAUGAGUUUGACUCGCUGCGGGACCCGGAAGUGAAUGACUUUCGAGCUAAGAUGCGCCAGUUCUGCGAGGAGGCGGCUGCCCGCCGGCAGCAGCUGGGCUGGGAGGCCUGGCUACAAUACAGCUUUCCUCUGCAGCUGGAGCCCUCGGCACGGAGCUGGGGGCCUGGCACCCUGCGGGUCCCCAACCGGGCCCUCCUGGUCAAUGUCAAGUUCGAGGGCAGUGAGGAGAGCUUCACCUUCCAGGUGUCCACUAAGGACGUGCCCCUGGCACUGAUGGCCUGCGCCCUCCGGAAGAAGGCCACGGUGUUCCGGCAGCCCCUGGUGGAGCAGCCCGAGGACUACACCCUGCAGGUGAACGGGAAGCAUGAAUACCUGUAUGGCAGCUACCCCCUCUGCCAGUUCCAGUAUAUCUGCAGCUGCCUGCACAGCGGGCUGACCCCACACCUGACCAUGGUACAUUCCUCCUCCAUCCUCGCCAUGCGGGACGAACAGAGCAACCCUGCCCCCCAAGUCCAAAAACCACGCACCAAACCGCCCCCCAUUCCCAUGAAGAAGCCCUCCUCUACAUCCCUGUGGUCCCUGGAACAGCCUUUCUGCAUCGAGCUGAUCCAGGGCAGCAAAGUGAAUGCCGACGAGCGGAUGAAGCUGGUGGUACAGGCCGGGCUGUUCCACGGCAACGAGACAUUGUGCAAGACGGUCUCCAGCUCCGAGGUGAGCGUGUGCUCGGAGCCCGUGUGGAAGCAGCACCUGGAGUUUGACAUCAAUGUGUGCGACCUGCCACGCAUGGCCCGUCUCUGCUUUGCGCUGUACGCUGUGAUCGAGAAGGCCAAGAAGGCUCGCUCUACCAAGAAGAAGUCCAAGAAGGCGGUGGGUCGGGCUGGCUGGGAGGCUGGGGCCAGGCCCCGUCCAGUCCUGCAGCCCCGGGGCCACUUAGCCUGGGGACAGCCCUGGGAGGUCCGUGCGGCCUCCUCGUUGAAGCCUCCGCUCGGGAGCCACAAGGUUUCUAAGGCCAUGGUUCCCAAUUGCCCCGUCCCCCCACCCAGGGAGGCCUUGGAUCGAGCCAUCGAGGAGUUCACCCUUUCCUGCGCUGGCUACUGUGUGGCCACAUAUGUGCUGGGCAUUGGCGAUCGGCACAGCGACAACAUCAUGAUCCGAGAGAAUGGGCAGCUGUUCCACAUUGAUUUUGGCCACUUUCUGGGGAAUUUCAAGACCAAGUUUGGAAUCAACCGGGAGCGAGUCCCAUUCAUCCUCACCUAUGACUUUGUCCAUGUGAUUCAACAGGGGAAGACUAAUAAUAGUGAGAAAUUUGAAAGGUUCCGAGGCUACUGUGAAAGAGCGUACACCAUCCUGCGUCGCCAUGGACUGCUGUUCCUCCACCUCUUUGCCCUGAUGCGGGCAGCAGGCCUGCCUGAGCUCAGCUGCUCCAAGGACAUCCAGUAUCUCAAGGUAAAGGCCAGGGCAGGGCCCCACCAG